GUGAACUUGUUCGAUAAGAGGAACUGACUUCCCACGUGUAUAUUACCUGUUAGCUAACAGUAUACCGCGCUAAACGCACGAUUUAAUCAUCAUACAGACACGCGAUCCUUAACUGUCGACGAGAGAGAAUAAACAUCUAAAUAGAUCAAAACGAGGCGAAAGCAGAUAAAGAAUGGAUGGAUCAGCUUUAACGACUGGAGUAGAUUCCAACUCUACAGUGGGUUGUACACCGCUAUUCAAUAUGUCUACGUUCACCCAUUUAUCCCUUUUUCCAGCGGCUAUAAUUAUCGUGAUUUUAACAAUUCUGCACAAGAGAGAGACAAACACUGGGUGCUCGAGAUGUCGGCUUGCCCUGGUUGUUCCGGCCAAUCUGCUGGACGGCUAUAAACAUCGAUGGUCAUAUGCUGCAGCUUUUGGGGCGACGUCUAGCAGGGUGUUGUUACUGCUGCUGAAGGCUGACCAGUACUGGGGGGAUGAACUUCAGACUGCAAAGUGGAUCAAUCAGACAUUCCUCUUCAUUCUUGCCAUUCUGGAAACCAGCAUUGUGUUCUACCCCCUGUUUGGAUGUCUGAGGUCGUCUUACAAACUUGUGGCAGCUAUAUGUGGAGGCCUCUAUUCCCUCCUCUGGUUGAUCAUCCAGAUGAUACAUAUGCUUUAUUGUCCAACAAUUAUUGACACCGACAGCUUCCUCCUAAUUCAGGCCAAUUACAGCACCUUGAUACUUCAGUGGCCAUCGGCGUUUUUCUUGUCAGUGAUGGUGAUCAAGUUUAGCCAAAUGUUGCUCAAAAGUCUUGGAACCAGACGGUUUGUUGUGCAGGAAACUCUGUCGUUAGCUCUUGAUCAUCAAGUUACCUAUGUGCGAUGUCUGCUAGAGAAUCACCUGCCAGCUAAAUUGCAGGGGGCUGAAGAAGAAGGAUUUCUAAAGACGUUUACGUACAAGUCGAUUCCAGGUUUCCGAUAUCCAUUGCGCUUACUUUGUGUGUUAUCGGUUACCACGUCAAUAUCUUACCAGAUUGUGAUAGGAGCGUUUUUCGGAACAGUUCAGUUUACUGAAUACCUCGAACAACUUGCAAAGAGUUUGCAACCUAAUUUAACGGCAGAAGUUCGUGAUUUGAUACAGGGUGGAGGCACAGUAGUAAUAGUUUGCUCUUGGGCGACUCUUGUCCUGCUUAUCCUGUUGCUGAUUGGAUCAUUAUUUCUCAUCUUUAAAAAUUACAGGCGCCAUAUCUUACAACUCUGCCGAGGUGACAAGAGUUUUGUUCCACACAUUGAGUUCUCGUCUCCAAGUUUAAUGGCCAGUAGCAUGCGGUGGACGGGGUACCAAAUUGCUUACCUGUUAUGGGGGAUAUUCAUUUUCUACAUCACCGUGUUCCUAAUAUCCUCGGUCUUGGCGGAAGUCGCCUAUAUUUUGAUUUAUACGCAAGCGUCAGGUGCUGCAACCUCGUUUGCGCUGUAUAUUGGGCCGCCAUUGCUGAUGAACAUUAUAAUCUACUACAGCCAGGAGGUGUGUGCGUUUCUGUGUUUCUUACAGCCUCGUUGUGAACCGGGACAACCUGUUCCCCUCGCCAUUGACAACCGGAAUGUUUUGGAGACGACCAAUUACUUCACCUUCUUUUUUAACAUUGCCAUUGGUAAUUUUGUCCACGUUGUAUCGGCUGUUGUUGUCGCUUAUUGUGGGACUACUAACCCUGGGGAGAAUGGAUCAGUCCUGUGCUAAAAAAGGGAUACGAGAGUCUCGACAGAGGUGGGAAUCUUUCUAUUGCCGACUUGAUCUGAAGUCUGACCAACACUUAAUCCUUCAUAGAUGUGUUUAAUCGUUUUAUUUAAUAGAUGAUUUCCAUGUUCUUUUUUUCAUUGUCGACCAUCAUGGUUUGGAGCUGGCUGUAUAAGUGGUGUACAUAAACUGGCAGACUUAAGCCCGAACUUGCACAGGGAAAUCCUCCAUUCUCAGAAUUCUUGUUCCCUUGGUGACAAUAAGCGAUCAGUACAACAUUAGUUGAAGAUCACUUGCCUUCCAUCAAUAUUAUGUGAACAUCCAUACCUUAAACGCUGGAUCAUGCUGGCUUCCU